CUCUCGACGCACUCGGCACGCGCAGCUCGGGCGCAACACACGCUCAGAAGAUCCGGGAGAAAUAAUAAUCACAUUUACUCAUUAAAUCACACCCAAUGUGAGGCGACGUCACUGAACGACUCAAAAGCUGUGUGAGGUGGGCUCAAUGCAGUGAUGUCCAGAGCCACGAAAUCCGCCUCCAGGUCUCGGAGCCGAUCGAGAUCCAGAUCAAGGUCCCGCUCGUCCUCCCGCUCCAGGAGUCGCUCCAGGUCCCGGUCCAGGAAACGCCGCUACUGCUCGAGGUCUCGGUCAAGGUCAAGGUCACGUUCAAGAUCCCAUUCUCCAUCUUAUAACCGGGAGAAGAAAUACCCGAGGGGAUACCAGAACAACCGGGAGUACCGGGGCUACCACCGCGGCUUCCGGAGGCCCUACAACUUCAGGGGCCGGGGGCGAGGCUACUUCCCCCGUGGACGCUACCAGCGUGGUGGUGGUGGCGGCGGUGGAGGUAGAGGCGGGGGCGGCGGAUACAACAACAACAACCACCAAAACUAUCGCUCCAACUGGAAGAAUUACAAGCAAAACCCUCAAAAGCAACAGCACCAGCAGCAAAACAAUUCACGAGGACGGUCACAUAACGUGCAGAAGCGCUCAGGAAGCCCUCCCCAUGGCCACCCACAGCACUCCGACCGGUCCUCCAGCCCUCUGUCCAGACACUCGCAGCAGUCUUCCUCCUCGUCACACUCCUCCUCCCCUCCGAAAUGCAGACCGGCCUUGCCGCUGGCCAGCCCGAACUCCAAGGAUGCGAAAGAGGAGCAAUUUGCCUCCAAGGAGGUCCAGAAGGGUGGAGGGGGAGACGAGGAGCCGGCGGAGCGUGCUGGGUUGUUGGCAGGAGAAGCCAGAGAGGGAGCAGGCGGCGGGAAGACGGAGGGGAGCUGGCAGGGCCUGGCCGACUACAGCGGCAGUCUAAAGAAAAACAGCCCUGUGGUCAGCGCCGCCGUUACUGUCGGUCAGAACAGCCCCAACACUUCCCAGGCCAACCCUGCUAAGGUCAUAAAUGACACAGGCAAUGGCGCCCCCGCGUGGCAGACGGGCUGUAGUUCAUCUGCAACAAAGUCAGCCCCACAUGAAGGUCUGAAUCCGAUGCUCUCCAGCUUUGACUUCUUCUCCAAUGAGGAAUAUCUGGAUGGAGAUAAAGCUGCGAUCUCCAUCGCCUUCAGGAAGUUUCUGGAGGAGCAAAACAAAAAAGCUAAAUCUGCUCGGGAAAAUUGCAAGAACACAGAGGCUAAUGCUGUGGAAGCAGAACAAGGAAAAGUAAAUGGCAAAACCUCUACGGUUACUUCUGAGUCGUUAUCAAGAAAACGCAAAGAAGACGACGACGGCGAGGUGUCUCUGAGCAGCUUUCUGAAAGCUUCUCCUUUUCUGUCUGCUGAUGUGGAGGAAGAGGAAGAGAUAAUCGUCAAGCCACCGUCAAAGUCCCUCCACAAAGACUGGCACAAUGGGGACGAGUCCUCUAAGCCAAAGACUAAGGUCACCCAUUCAGCCCGAGAACUGUUUGAAGAAUGCUUUGGCAAGUGGCAGAAUGCGACCUUCUCACAGUUUGCUAACAGCGACCUUGACGCCAUAGCGGAGGAGAUAUACCGCAGCGGGAAGCAGGAUAAAGCUGUGGCCAUCGCUGCUGCUCUCGCUAAGAGGGAAUUCACAGUGAAAUAUGACGAACUGUCCUCAGACACCAGCUGUAAAGAAAGGAAGAUGUUAAAAUCUCCCUCUAUCGCAUCUUCAGCUUUACCGCCGAGGAGAAACUCUGACAGAGAAAUGUUUCUGGUCAGGGGCGAGGACCCGCCUCUCGCGCCCUCGAGAAAACAGGAAACAAAAGUUAAUGUCAGAAUGGAUCUCUUCGGAGAUGGCCUUUUAAGCUCUUCUGAUAUUUUAGCCGAAGAGCGACAGUUGUCUCAGGAUCUGGUGCAGGCCUCAAAGAAGGAUCAGGAGUUCCGCUCCAUCUUUCAGCAUGUUCAGGCCGCUCCCCCGCUACAGAGGUGUCCCUCUGAACUGUUUGCUCAGCACAUUGUUGCCAUUGUUCACCACAUCAAAGCUCAGCACUUUCCAUCUUCAGGCAUGACUCUAAACGAGCGAUUCACCUUGUACCAAAGACAAGCUGCAGAGAAGGAAAUGAUGAAGCCCAGAAAAAGCCCAGAGAUACACAGGCGAAUUGAUGUUUCACCAAGUGCUUUUAAGAAACACUCUCAACUUUUUGAGGCGAUGAAAAGCUCAGAGGAUGGCACUUACAAGGACGGCGGGGAAAAACUUAAAGGUGACCCCACGGACCUCCGCCUGGAUAUUGAGCGCCGCAAAAAGUAUUCUACCCAUGACAGAGAUCACAAUCAGGAUGGAGGAAGAGAUAUGGGAGAGUCCCUGAAUUCUAGCAGGGAGAGAUCUGUGGAGAGGCUUUCUAAGCACCGCAAGAAGUCCAAAAAAAGUAAGAACAAGCGCUCUCGCUCCAGUUCGUCCUCCUCUUCCUCGUCCUCUAAGUCUCAGAAGGAGGAAGAUAUGCCUCGCGAAAGGUCCAACCCCAAAGACGAAAGCUGUAACAGGGUCCGAAUGGGCCAAAGAGAGUCACCAGGAGACGUGGAGACAGGACGGCCUCGAGGAGGAUUUCAAGUAAGAAUUCGUGGGAGAGGCUGGAACAGAGGAAAUUAUCAAGGAAACAGUUCAAACAGUAAUGCUGUAAACGUGGCAGUGCAGCAAAAAAAUGAAGACUGGAACCCCGAAUACACUCCCAAGAGCAAAAAGUACUACCUGCACGACGACAGAGACGAGUCGGAGUGCAAGUGGAUGGAUAAUCGAGGGCGAGGACGGGGGGGCUUGGCGCGCGGGAGGGCUCGAUUCAUCAUCCGCAAAGCCACGGGAGCAUCCAACGGCAACAGCCUCAAGUGGGCCCUCGAUACGUUCCCCGCCAGCGAGGAGCUGCGCCGCCCACGUGAGGAGGAGGCAGACCAGGACCACAAAGGAGCUGAACUGAACGGAACUUGAGAAUGUUGGAAAAAAAUCAUUUAACUUCUCACGUUUGUUACCAUGUGAUCUGACUCAGUGAUGUCUUCCACCUCCGUGGGUUGAACAAUGCAGAUUUAACUCUUUCAUUUCUUCGUUACCGCUUUGAAAACUUUGAUGCUUUUCUUUUCUUUUUCGGCGUGGGGAUACUCACUUUGAUCUGACACAAGCAUUUCCUACAUCAGGCUACAAAUUGUGAUUGGUAGAAGCACUGUUUAGGGGUGAAUUGAUGUUUCUUUUAUUGGGGAAAAAAAAAAAGGUUUUAUGUGUACAUUUAUGUGCUUUACUUGGUAAACGGAUUUUUCUCAGAUAGCAGUUUGGUAAUCAUACAUUUUUGUGUUUCGGAAGUUAGUGAAUGAAUGGUUUCAUAUUAAAUUUGCGUCAAAAAAAAAGUGCACAAUUGCAAAAUGUUUAUAUGAGCGUGUGGCUUUCACUUGAGAAAACAGAGAAUAAGAUUACAAGAUGCAUUACUGUUUAAAUACUGGCUUCAUGUUUAGCUCUGUCUUUCUUAGAUUAGGUUCGAUAGCAAUAAGCACACUGUAUCGUACAUGAUGACGAUGUGAAACAUCACUCCACAUGACCGUGACCUGUCAAUGGGACCAAACUGUACAGGGUCAAAGGUUGCGCCGACAUGGUUUGUUAUUGCAUCGCGUCCAGCCAGUUUACAAUACAAGCUGGGGGCUCAUCCAACCGUCCGCGGCCAACUACCUGUACACAUGUUCACAUGUUUUGCUGUCAGAUUUCUGUCCUUAACAGGAGCUUUUGCGUGAUCUGGGAUACCACUUCAUUGUAUAAUAUUGACAGUGACUGGACUUUCAGCCUCCAGAGACAUUCAUGGUAGUUUUUGUACCUGUUUAGGCAGGACUGUGACUUUGAUUGUAAUGGAGAAAAAAAAAAUUGUUUCUGUUGUUUUUAUUGCAAACCUUUCUCCAGUGGAUAUUUUAUUAGCGAUGUAAAUUGUGUGCAACGGUGUCAAUAUAGAGAUGAAAAUGGUCUGAAGUUGGAACACAGAACAAUUUCUAUCAGUAAAUUUUGGAAAGAUAAUUUUUUUUUUCAUUGAAUAUCAUGAUAUAAUCCGGACAACCUCAGGCUUAUUUUUGGCAAACUUCUCAUGCAACCAAAAACAACAUUGGUGUGCCUUUCACUGCUGUGCCGUGCACUGGUCUUACUUGUACAAUGCAGGCCUACAGGUUGAGAUUUACAAGAAUUGUUUAAGGCUGUUUUCUUAGAAAAAAAAUCUUUUUUAAAAAUAGUUGUCACUGUUUUUUUUUCUUCCUUAGAGACUGUAAAAUUAAAGAAACACUGAUUCCA